CGACCUGCCCUGACAGCAUCUGAGCCACCAUGGCAACCCGAGAUGAUGUGUAUCCAUUGGGGCUCUGCAUCGCUCUGUGCCUGUGGGGCACCGUGGCCCAGAAUCAUGGCGUACAAGAUAUUAACGAGUGUCUGGGGCCGAGCCCGGCAGACUGCGGCCUCAACGCAAACUGCAUCGACGUGCCUGGGAGUUACUACUGCACCUGCAGUGAUGGCUACGAGUUCAGCUCUGGGAAAGCCAAGUUCAGGGACGUGAGGGAGAACAGCUGCCGGGUUAUUGACGAGUGCCAGGGACACGCAAACUGCAUCAAUGUGCCUGGGAAUUACUUCUGCAAAUGCAUCGAUGGCUAUGGGAAAGCCAAGUUCAUGCACGCGAGUGAGAACAGCUGCCAGGAUAUUGACGAGUGUCAAGGCCCAAGCCCGCCAGACUGCGGACCCCAGGCAAACUGCACCAACGUGCCUGGGAGUUACUACUGCACCUGCAUCGAUGGUUAUGAGCCCAGCUCUGGGAAAGCCAACUUCAAGCACGCGAGUGAGAACAGCUGCCAGGACAUCGACGAGUGCAACAAGACCACAGAUAUCUGUGGGCCCAAGACCAUGUGCAUCAACACCAAUGGGAGCUACCGGUGUGAGUGUCUGGCCGGCUACAUCCCCUCCAAUGGGAACACGACGGUGUGCAAAGUCCCCAGCAUUAACUCCAGCGUUCAGUUCGUGGCCAUCAAAGAGAUGUUCAGGAAUUUCUCUCUGCAGGCCCACACCAUCUGA